UAAAAUUAAUUUUGGCGUGCCGCCUCAAGUCUUCCGCCGGAACUUUUAAAAAUUCCAAGCAAAACUGUACAGUCAUUGAUGUGCGUGUGUUAGUGUGCGCGCUAGUGUUCCUGCGUCCACUCGUUAAGCAUGUGAUUUGUGUAUCGAAAAGUGGUGCGGUAAUUAUGAAAUCAUGGCGAAAAUCAUCUCGACAUUCAAAGCGAUUCUGACGCGCAUCUUCUUCGGCGCGCACAGCCUCUUGGCCAUUUGGCAGGUGACUGUCAAUACGAAGAACUACAUUUAUUGGUCGCUAUGUGGACCGUUGGUGUUGCUACUGCUCGAGGGCAUCUUUACGCUGAUGAUCAAGAAGACGCAAGAAUGGCGGUGGUUCUGUCCUUCGGUGUUUUUAUAUCUGAGUAGCAUUGUGCCGGCCAUUUGGCUAUUGGAAUUAGAUCAAGUGGCACGCAAGCUGAGCAAUAAUCAGAGUCACAACAAUCGCAGCGAUGAAAAUAUUUUACAAGAAGUGGCGGAGAUCGCUGAUCUGGAUUUGCCCGUGUUCAAAAUUGAUCCGGACGUAUGGAUUACGCUGAUCGAACAGUUUCUAAUGCUUAUUUUAAUUGUGGGUCGUUGGAUGUUGCCGAAAGGCGAUUUGACGCGCGAUCAAUUGAGUCAAUUGUUGUUGGUUUAUAUAGGCACCGCUGCUGAUAUCAUGGAGUUUUUCGAGUCCUACAAAGAUGUCAACAUUAUAAAAAUUGACCUCUUGGUCUUUCUUACGUUGGGUAUUUGGUCUUGGAGCUUAAUGCAAUUCACUAUUGUUUUAUCGGCGACGCGUGCGCGGCGUCCACGUGGCGGCGGAAUACAUCACAAUGACGAAACGACCGAUUGUUGUGAUGGCUGCUGUUGCGGCAUCGACGUCUGGGCGAUCGUGCUCAAUGUGAUAUUGCAGGAUGCGCCAUUUUUGACGCUGCGCAUGCUAAUUAUAUUCCAGUAUAAAAUCCUAAAUUAUAUGAGCGUGUUUUUCACAUGCAAAAACACGUUGGUCAUUGUUUUGCAGUUGUAUCGGCUCUAUGUAGUCAACGCUGAAUUCUGGAAGAAUCGGCGUGAGCAAAAGGCUGGUGGCGAUAAGUCGCAGCACUACAAAUCACGACGUCGUGGCCAAGACCCGGACGCCAAUAGCAUAUACAUGAUAUCAACAGAGCGUGGCACCGAUGUCAAGCGAAAGAUACAAAAAGCACGUGACUACGCUGAGGAUGAGUUCGUGACACGAAAAAAGAACAAAAAGGAUAAAUCGAAAAAGCACAAGCGUAAGGACACUGGUUAUUCCACAGCCAGUUCGCAGAACCUGUACUCCACAAAAAUGGUGGAUGAGCGCAGUAAUCGUCAUAAGGACAAGAAGGGUGACAAAAAGUCGAAGAAGCGUGAUCGUAGCAACACAUCGGUCGAGAGUGAUAUUGUCGAGGCGAAGAAGUCGAAACGUGGUGAUGCCGGCGGCGGUAAAAAAUCGGAUAAGAAGGACAAGAAAAAAAAAUCGAAAAAAGUCGAACCCGUCAUGGAGGAAACAACAAGUAGCUCCAGUUCGUCGACAACAACGAGCAGUUCAUCGGAUUCCAGCAAUUCAACAUUGCCCAGUUAUGAGGUGAUCUCGGAGCGUAAAUUGAAGCGUAACAAGCGUAAACGCAGCUCAUCGGAGAGCACAUCAACCGAUUCAUCGGACACAACAACAUCGUCAUCGUCUUCAUCAUCCUCGUCGUCGUAAAUGUGUUUACAGUGGAACAUAUUACAAUCCACACUGAUCAUUAGAUCAAGAUCACACUCUUUGUAAUUCCAUUGCAUUGCGAAGUCUUAAUAUUUAUGAGAUUGUGAGAAGAUGAAGGAUUUUUUACAGUUGAAGUAUUAAAAGGGAGAACAGAUUUGCUGUUCUAUAAGUUUGAUUUUGUAAAUCCAUAAAAUACAUGGAAUUUGAAGGUUUAUGAGCGGUUUCGAAAGAUAACAUAAAAUGGUUAGACAAAGGUAAAGAGAUUUUGUAAAAAUAAAGGGUGCUGCAUUUGAGGCAUCUGAAGCGAUAUUUUGUAGGAUUUAUACGACAUUUUUGUAACGGAAAAUUCGUUAGUACCUAA